ACGAGACAUGCGUUCACGAUGAAGGUGUUUAGUUUACAGACGGUCCCUGAGCAGGUGGGCGUUUCUGUUUGUUGCUCUUCCAGAAAAGACAGUGGGAUCUGAAUCCGAGAGCAGCAAUCACUGCUGGGGAGAACUGCAGCAGAGUGAUGCUCAUAUGACCCGGCUCGGACGGAGAAGGAGGACAAAUGGAAGGCUCUUACUUCUCUGCUGUCCCGGCUUCUGGGAAUGAGCGCGACACAAGCCUGGACUUCCUGAGUUUCCUGGACACCCUGGGGACGGACAAUGGGACGGUGGAGCGGUGUUACAGCACCCGGGCCCACAGCUCCGUCCUGCAGGGCCUGCCAUUCGGGGGCGUGCCCACUGUCCUCGCCAUCAACUUUGUCCUCUGGCUGGUGCUGCUCCUAGUGUUCUCGUGCCUGCGGAAAGCAGCAUGGGAUUAUGGACGGUUGGCAUUGAUAAUGGACAAUGACAGAUAUGUAGCCUGGCACCGCUGGAACUCUUACGACCUCACAUCUCUGUUCUAUGGAGAGCCGAGCGAGAAGGAGAAAUCGCCUCCCCCCUCUGAAUCCAGUCCCUCUGACAUGGAGACUAAAGAUGUGGGCUUCUGUUCUUGGCUUUCAUCGAUCUAUCACAUGAGAGACGAAGAGAUUCAGAGUAAAUGCGGAAUAGAUGCCACUAUCUACCUCUCGUUCCAGCGGCACAUCCUGGUCCUCAUGGUUAUUGUCUGUGCCCUCUCCAUCGCCGUCAUCCUGCCUGUAAACUUCUCCGGGAACCUGCUGGGAGACAGCCCUCAGCAUUUUGGAAGGACGACUAUAGCUAAUGUUCCUGCACAGGAUCGCUUCCUGUGGCUGCACAGUGUUUUUGCGCUGCUGUAUUUUAUUAUCACCGUGCUCUGCAUGGCGCACCACUCAGUGCAGCUGGAGUACAAAGAGGAUGAGAAGGUGGCGAGAACGCUGAUGAUCACGUCAAUUCCCAAGGAGAUCUCCGACACGGGGCUCAUCGUGAAGCACUUCCACGAAGCUUACCCAAGCUGCACAGUGAACGAUGUGCAGUUCUGUUAUGAUGUUCGGAAGCUGAUGAAGCUUGAUGCUGAAAGGCGCAAGGCGAUGAAGGGACGGCUGUACUUCACAGGGAAGGCUCAGAAAGAAGGGAAGGUUAUGAUCAAAAGCCACCCCUGCGCUCAGAUCUUCUGCUGUGACGCCUGUGGGUUUGAACAGGUGGAUGCAGAGCAGUAUUACAGCGAGCUGGAAGAAAAGCUUACUGAUGAGUUCAAUGCUGAGAAGAACCGCAUUGCCCUUAAAAGACUGGACAUGGCCUUCAUCACCUUUCAGGACGAGAGGAUGACUGCAGUCAUUGUAAAGGAUUACGGCCGGACUCCGUGUCGCAGGAAGUUGCAGCAGUCCAGCAUAACCACCGUUGUCAAGUCCCACCAGUGGGGGGUACAGUAUGCUCCAGCACCCACUGACAUCAUUUGGGAGAAUCUGUCCGUGCAAGGCUCCAGGUGGUGGGUGCGCUGUGUCCUCCUCAACGUCUGCCUCUUCAUCCUGCUCUUCUUCCUCACCACUCCGGCCAUCAUCGUCAACACCAUGGACAAGUUCAACGUGACCCGGCCCGUCGAGAGCCUCAGGAACCCACUUGUGACCCAGUUCUUUCCAACACUGCUGCUGUGGGCGUUCUCGGUCUUCCUCCCGUUCAUCGUUUACUACUCUGCCUUCUUCGAAUCUCACUGGACCAGGUCAAGCGAGAAUCAGCUAACAAUGCAUAAGUGCUAUUUCUUCUUGGUAUUUAUGGUGAUCAUCUUGCCUUCGCUUGGUCUCUCCAGUUUGGAUUUGUUUUUUCGAUGGCUCUUUGACAUUCACUUUCUAGAUGAAGCUGACAUAAAAUUUCAGUGUGUGUUCCUGCCUGAUAACGGUGCUUUCUUUGUGAACUAUGUGAUCACAUCGAGUCUGAUUGGCACAGCCAUGGAGCUGCUGAGAAUCCCGGGGCUUGUUGUGUACGCUACUCGGCUGUGUUUCGCCAAGUCUGAAGCUGAGCGCAUUCAUGUGAAAAGGAACCAAGCCUAUGAGUUUCAGUUUGGCUUGGAGUACGCCUGGACGAUGUGCAUUUUCGCAGUAAGCAUGACCUACAGCAUCACCUGCCCCAUCAUCGUUCCUUUUGGACUCCUCUACAUGAUCCUGAAGCACCUGGUGGAUCGCUACAACAUCUACUAUGCUUACAUCCCAACAAAGCUAAACCAGCGCAUUCACUCUGCAGCCAUCAGCCAGGUCAUCAUAGCUCCAAUCCUCUGCAUGUUCUGGCUGCUGUUCUUCUCGGUGCUCAGAUUAGGACCAGUUCGUCCCAUCACACUGUUCACCUUUGUGGCUCUGCUGUUUUGUAUCGCCGUCUCUCUCUUUGGGUUCUGUUUGAAGAGACUCCAUCCAAAGAAACCCACAAGCUACCAGAUGUCAGAUCAGCAGACCGAAGGGGUUUUCAACGACAACGAAAGAAGCAGCGUGUCCUCAACCCCAAACUCAAACGUUUUUGUAGCUUCAGUGCUUCAGGAGCCUGAGCUGGGACUCACACCCAUGCCAUCGCCGGCACACCAGAGCUACGGCACCAUGGAGAACAGGAUCGAGACGCCCAGCAACGAAGAGGAGACCCGUCCAGAGGCCUUUGAAUCGGAACUUGAGAACCGGAAGUACUUCUCCAGCGGACCCCUGGUCGACAGCGAUAUUGGGUACCAUUAAAAGGGAUCUCCACAAGGAUCCAGAGUUCAUAUCGCUAAAGAAGAAUUGUGCUGCAUUUACCCACAGCUUAGAGGAAAGCCUUCACCUGGUUUCAGCCUCUACGUCCUUGCUAUUGUCACCAGUGUUGCAACAGAAGCAGAAGCAGCUUGCAUGACACAGUCCCUCUCUCCCGUAUGUCCAGCACACCGCUUGUGAUGUGCUUCAAUGUGUAAAGGUCACAGACAAAAGGAUGCAGGUGUUAAUUAUCAGUUUUGGAGAAUAACUAAUAUGCUGCUUACAGCAGCUGUUCUGUAGGACCAAAGCAAUGCUACUUAGCUAUUCUGUAAUUUCCCGUUGGGUAUUUCUGGUUCAUUUACAGUCAGACCAGACUGGCAUUGCAUUUGAAGUGAUAUUUUCUGUUAUGGCUUGGCAUUGAUCUGUAUUAUUUACAGCUUACCAAAUCGUUUUUUGUAGACAGGCUGAUGUGUGUUUUGUCACAGGCGAGCCUCAGUCAAUUGGACAGGCUUGGCAAACACUGUUUGUAAUAGAGGACACCAGUCGGGCGUGUCGGGCCUUGGCAUUGCUCGAUUGGGAAGGCCACUCAAGAUCCACUGCUCCUCCAACCAGAACUGACCACCAUCUGCCUUCUCCGGACACCGUCUUCUAAAACGGACAGCCCAUUGCACGUGGAAAUCAUUUUGAUCCUUUUAUUCAUAGUGUUCCGGCCUUCAGGCUGAAGUGAGAAAAAAAAAAAAAAAACUCCAUGCAGAUUUGAUAGAGGACAGCAGUUAAAUAUUCACUACCGUUUUGUGCAGGCAGUGGUGGAGAAUUCCUAUCUCUCACCUCUAAAGAAACUAAUUAAGAUUACAGGGCUAAACUUGAUUCAGUUAGAGAUUAGCUCCUUUGUAAAAAACUUGACAGAUAAACUAGAGAACAGUGUAAUACAUGCAGAGCUAAAAAUGGGACCUUUGAUUACUGUCUAUCUUGAUUACUGUCUGUCUUGCUUCAAGGUGAUUUUUUUUUCAUAAUAUAAUGCAGCUUAUAUACAGUGAUACCUUUUAAGCGCUUACUAACAUGCAACCUCGAUGCAGAUAAAGUGUAACCCUAAAUGCAUGUUAUAUGAGUGUAAAGCAUGGGGUUCUUUGGUUCGGUUUUAUGGCAAGGCUUGAAACAGUGAUUGCUCUAGACAGGACUAGAAAGAGGGAGUGCUGUAGAUAUCUAUCUAUGGAGGUGUCCCUGUACAUAGGCUUUUACAUAUACUAGGUUUACAUGCUUUUCAAUGUCAAGGUGUAUAAUUGCCUGUACUUUGCUGUCGAAACAGGCACAGAGUAUGUUGCUGUCCUUGUUUAAAACUCCAUAGUGUACCUAUCUUUUUCCUCUCAUCUGUCAUGUAUACUGAAUGCUGCCACUUUUUCCUGUAGCAUUUUGUGAUCUCUUUAUAGUACAAGAGUGGAGGUCUUCCUUCUCAUUCGAAUGUAUACGAAAAAAGAAAAGGUGUUGUGUAAUAAUGUUUCCUGUACGCUGUUGCUGUGCCUUGGAAUAAUCUCCUUUACUGACAGUCCAGCAUGGCCUGGGACAGGCUGCAUGGAUUGAAACUCGGAAUGAGGAAUAUGUGGGUAAAAAAAUGGCGCACAGUUUUAUGAUCCACAUGUUCUAUGACAGCAUUCGAUCAAACCUCCCAGUUAUAAAACUCCUAGUGCCAAUCGGGUUCUGAGUAGAGCGGUCUCCAUCCCACAGCUAGAUGCCCUCUAAAACCUGUAACUCGCUUUAAAUACACGUCCAAAACCUGAAAACAAUGUUAACCCUUUACUGCCCUGGGUAUGUUCCCACACCUGUGUUGUGAAUGCCUAUUUUCUCAAUGCCAAAUAUAUUGGACACUGGGCAGCAAUGGUUACAAGUGUCCUCAUGCACAGAAAAGACAUGUGUUCAGUUUUCUAAAAGCAUUAAUAUCCUUAUAUGCAGUAACUGUCCCUCCAAUCUGUUAUAUAGCAGGUAAUGACUUCUGCGUCCAACGUUAAUGCUUAGUUGGGAGCUUCCUCUGCAUUUCUGCUCUCAGUGGGAUGUGCUGGGGUCAUAGGCUCAUACGGCAUGUCUGGUUAAAUAUUGACAUAAAACAGGGGAUUGGUGCAGGUCGUGAAGUAGCUUAGUUGGUUUGUUUCUGUUUUUAUUAAUGAAUGUAUUCCAAAAUAUGCCAUCGUAAACUCUGUACUACUAAUAUUCAUAGUGCACCUGUUACUACACCACGAAAUAACCUCAAACUUGAGCAGCUGGUUUCACAGAGCCUGACUCACACUAGUCUUGGAUUACCUUACCUAAGAUAACAUUAGGCAGUCCAAGAUUAGUGCAAAUCGGGGUCUGUGAAACCAGCCAUGAAAGGGGGCCGCUAAAAUAAAGUGUGAUUGUCUUUUACAAAUUCACAGAAGACUGCCCCAGUUUCAUUUUAAAGAAGAUGUAUUGCUAUGUUCAACAGAAUGCAGUCUGUUAUUUUCCUGCUGGCUACAGUGUGUUUUUUACAGAAUGUAUACGCAGCUUUAAAAUAAGUUUGAGUUGAAUUGACCUAUUUUGAGCUGAAAUGUGGCCUUGGCUCACUCCGCAGUAUCCUUCGGGCCAAACAUUAAACUAGAACUUUUAAACUAAACCAUAUUGGAUUUCAAUUAGAGUUUAAUGUGGCACUUUUUCUAAUGGUUUAAAACAUUUGUUGUCAUUAUAACCUAAAUAUGGCUUUUACAAAGAGUAGAGCGGGAUGUGUAUAUGAUCUUUUAAUGAGUGGGUUGGUUUUAAGAGUCUCUAAGAAAUUCUGUAUAUUUCAUUAAAACAUUAACAGUU